AUUGAGGUUACUUUCGUUUAAAUAUUUUGUGAAAAAUUACCGAUUCAAAUAAAUUUACAAGUUCGUAAAUAUGACCAAUAAAAAUUAGGAAUAAAAAAUUACAAGUAGUAUUUUUAAAAAAGAGAAUGAACUGGCUCUGGUUAAAAAAAAAUUAUGCGGAAGUUUAAAACUUAUAAUUUAAAAAAUUAAUUCACACAUAGAUGCGUUCAAUGUAAAAAUUUGAAUAUUUUCGGGGCUGCAGUAGCUGGGUAUUGUAAUGUUUCAAGAAUUUUAAUGAAUAAAAAUGCGGAUGUUUGAAAUUUUUGUGAUUCUCACAUUUAUAAAUAAAUCAAUAAAUAUGUGCGUGGCUGUACCACUAGAUAUAUACCUCCAGGAUGUACACUUUGUAGUGGGAAUUUUCGAUGGUGGAGCCAGAGAUCCAAAUCAAAUGAACUAUUUGAACCAAGGCGUUUUAAUUACUCAAAAAAUUGUUCUCACACCAUCAGUUAAUGUCCUCGGGAAAAAAAAUUUACGAGUUCGUGUUUAUCCUUGGCAAGAAAAAAGUGGACCGCAGGGUGACCAUAAAGCUGAAAAAUCUGUUUACUUGGAACACAAAGUUGAAGAAAAUAGUUUAUUUCCUGAAUUGAGUCAAAUUUCUUAUCUAAUUCUUGACAAACCCUAUUUUUAUGUUAAUCCUAUUAAUUACCUAGACUCUAACGAUGGUGGAUUAUCAGGUCCGGGUAAUAAAUGUACGAUCGUGAAAUUGAAAUGGAGUAACCGGAUAUUAAAACAAAUUAAUCAUCGUCAAGUAAGAGUUAAGCAGCGAGCUGUAGAGUCACCGUUUUAUUAUUUAGAGAAUAAAUAUUCGCGAAAUGCUGAUUCCGACCCUACUAAAAGAUGCUCACUUGCUUCGGAAUUUUAUUUUUGUAUCGAAGAAAUAGGGAAAAAAAAUUGUCAUUCAUAUCCAGGAGCAGCUUUAAUUUGCGAGUCGCGUGGAAAACCCGGAUAUCAUUAUCUAGCAGGAAUUGAAAUUUUUCGAAAAAAUUGUCAAGUGAUGUUUGGAAAUACUCAAGCGUUACAAGAAUCUAUUGAAAAUUUACAAGAUUAUUUAAAUGAUAAAUAAUAUAAUCAAUUAUAUUUAUCUGUAAUUUAUACAAAUCCAUAAUUUAUUAAUUAUAAUUUUUUAUUUUUUGUUUUAAUUUUUAUUUAAACGCAUACUUUAUAAGGGAGGGAGAGAUAAA